AUGGCUUCCUUUGUAGGUGUGAACCUUCGGAUGCUCUUUGUCUACAAGGACUGCACCACGGACUGCUCAUUUGUGUAUAGAGAGCACGUGCCUCCAGAACUCCCUAGGGUGCUUAAAGAUGCCAAGCACUUCUACUUUGUCCUGUGCUGUGGGAGCGUAGUUUGCAAUGAGGGAGGACCCAGUAACACAGAGAGGGACCUGUUAGGUGAAACUUCCAUAGAGGAAGAGGUAGUUGCUAGAGCUGUGAGUCUGGGGUUGGUCAACCUUCUGUGUCUUGCCUCAAUCCUCUCCCACAGCAUACUGACCUGA